AUGUUUUCCUUAUUAACCACAUUCACAUUAUUCAUUACUUCAACACUUGCAUACGUUAUCCUAAACGUCCACUCAGACAACCCAACCAUCAACGGUCAAGGAAUCUACGCCCAUACCGAUCUUCAAGCACCAUAUCCUACUUAUUUAUACCUCGGCUUCAAUCUCGAAUUCUUAUAUAAUAAAAACCACGAAGCCUUAUAUUAUUAUCCCGACGGAUCAUCCGAUUAUACAUUUUCAUUAUUUGUUACUGAUAAUGGAACCUUGGCCAUGCAAGAAGUAUCGAAUUUUAAAUCCCCCUUAUCGGUGAAUAUCACAAUUGCGAAAGGUAAUGGAUGUGUUUUUUUCAAUGGAUCAAGUUCUUUGUUUGCCGAGAAGAAUGUGGGGUCGGUGUUUUCGGAAGAUACGUAUGCUCUUAAGACGUAUCCUAAUGGUGGGGCUCCUGCUGGUGCUAUUCCACUUACUUUAAUUGGGAAGUUUUCUACAUGA